AUGAGUGAUUUUUUUGUACCUAAUAGAAGUGAGAUUUCUUAGUAAAAUUAGAGUGGCAUAGGCAGUCUAUAAGAUGUUUUAGGCGCAAGCUUCGGCAGAUUGCAAUAAGACAAUUAAAGCUUUGGACCUAAUGGAGGAGGAAGUUUUGCUCAUAAUUCUGGGUUUCUAGUACAAUCUGAAUAAUAUCGUUCUUCGGUGGGCUUGGAAGAGGGAGCUGUUCCAAUUUAACUUUAUGAAUACUAAGAACCUUAAAUUCAGAAGGCAGGCUUUUUUAGGAGUAGUGGGGAUUUUGAAAUGCAAUUCGAAGAAAUUGGAAUAGACAGACUGAAUAUACAAGUCAAAAUACUAGAGGAUCCAAAAGAACACAAAAGCCCAUUAUAAGAUAGUGCAAUGAGGAAUAGCGAACCUUCUUCUUAGGAAUUUAAUAUAAAAAUAGAAUCUGGAGAAUAAAUAAAUUCUAAAUUCAAGCCAGAAAUAAAGUAGCUUUUAAAUCAAAAUAUUAUAUAAGAAAACAAAAAUCUCUUUAAUGUUAAUUAAGCCAAAAGUAUUUAUACAAAUAAAAUCACACAAUUGGUUGAACAAACAUAGAAAAAAAUUGAUUUAGCUACAAAAUCAUCUCCAAGAUUAUCGAAGAGUCAAUAAAAAUUAUAGAGAAAAUCACCAAUCAUUCCCAGAGAUCAAUAUGAUAUGUCAUCAAAUGAAAUGUAAUCAAGCUAAAUGAGUCCUGAUGGCAAUAUGGAUCCAGUCUAAUAAAAAUUAGCAAAAAAUAGAGAAUCGGCUCGAAAUUCAAGAGCCAGAAAGAAAAUAUAUUAUGAACUCUUGGAAACAAAAGUCAAGGAAUUGCAAGACGAAGUCGAUAGAUUAAAGGAAUCUAAUCGUAAUCAAUCAAAGUACACAGAGGUUUGCAAUAAAACUCAGGAAAAGUUUUAAACUUUCUUAGAUUAACAAUAAUAAUUAUUUGAUAAAUUAGAAACUUGUUUGCUUAAAAAUAAGGAUAAUUUUGAAAUUGCAAUGGUUUUAGAUGCUUUAAGAUAUAGAACCAAUUCAAAUAGUCAGGAACGCAAUGAUGCUGCUAGACAAUAUUUUGAUUCCAUGGUUGAAGUAUGCUUGCCAAUUCAAACCAAAUAUUUGAUUUACUCUUUAGAGAAAGAUAAGGACUUCUUCGCUUAAUAACCAGAUGAUUAUACUGACUGGAUGAAAGAGACUUUUAAAAAGACACAGAUUUAACCAGAACAAAUUUUAAAGGUUAAAAGAAUGAAAUCAAAGCUUUAAAGCGUUAGAAAUAAUAUAUCAGAUUCAAUUCAAAAAAUUAAGGAUCAAUUAAAAUCAAUUCAAAGUGAAGCUAAUAAAGUCGAUUAAAUGUGGGAGUAACUUAAAGAAUGCUUAACUCCAGUUUAAUUGGGAUCAUGUAUUUUAGCCAUGAGAUAGAACUCUUUUCGUUAAGAACUUCAAACCUCUUCCCUAUUUCUUUAAUUAAAGAAUUCUUAAAUGAGUGAAGAGGAUGAGAAUUUUCAAAAGCCAGAUCAAUCUCAUAUUUCCAAUAAUAGAAAGCUUGUUAAAAAAUCUAUGUCAUGA